AUUGUCUGUGACGUAACAAACAGAACAUAGUAACCGCAAAAUGUGGCACACAUACAAUAAAAAACGAAUUUAGUUAGAAAAUGGAAGGAAAACGAUUGGGUGAAAUCCCACGUGCUGAUAAAAGCACAUUUAAAGAUAUCCUCAUUAGUGCUAACAAUGAUGACGUCAUCAUCCCUACUAGCGCCACCUUCGACAAAGUUGUAUUGCACAUUGGAAUUGGAAACAGGUCCGGUGUAACCAUAGAAAAACCUCCAGUUGGAGAUGGCAAAAAGUUGAUUACCUCAGUAGAAUAUGCCACCAGAAAGUUCAAGAAAAGCUACUAUCAACGAGACAGGAAAGAUACAGGUGCCACUGAAAACGUCAGUGAAGAUACCAUUGAACCUGGUGAGAAGUUCCGUAGAGACACAAAUAACCAAACAGACAUCGAUAGACACAUGUUACAACUUGCCAGUUCUUUUUAUAGUACGACACCAUUGGAAACUGAAACAGCUUCAGCAAUAGUAUCAGAAACCGGACUUACAAAGCAGGUACAACCAGAAAAUAAUAAAAAUGACGCUGAUACUGUUGAAGCCAAAUUAGAAAAGAUUUCGACUCUUAAUAUAAAUGAUGUUCUUAUUCCAGACGUAAAGGACAGAAAUGAAAUUGUUGCACGUACUAAACUAAGUACAGGGGUUGAAAGUCAAGUAUCGGCGGAACCAAAUAUCAAACCUGAUAUUGAUUUUGACAAGUUUGAUAAAACAUGUCUUGAUGCAUUAAGAGCCAAAUUAUCUAUAAAGGAAAUUCGGGAUGCCAUUGAUAAAGCUUAUGAAAAUGAAAUGCUAGCAAUUGCUGUCGAUGAAGAGGCUAAUGUUCCCAAACCAAAUGAAAUUUGGCAACCGAAAGCAACUGGAUCGUGUUUGAGUCUUGCAGACGACGCAUAUUUGGCGGAUUAUUUCGCAAAUUCAGAACGAGGCUCUGAAAUUUUUGCGGAAAGUACAUCAGAUACGUUAGAAAAGGAGGAAAGUUUAUGCGAAAACGACCUUUCAAAACAGACGAAUGCUGAAGACGAUACUGGAACAUGCGUACCAGACGAGGUGACAAAUACAAAGAUACGUCUGCCAGACUCCAUUGAGAAAUAUGUCAUGAUUUCUAAAGAUAAUGACAUAAACAUUGCUGACAUUGGACUUAACGACCAAGAAUGCAUUUCGGAAGUUGUCAAAAUUUCAACUGUAGAUCAAGAGUGUGGUGAAAGAGUAUGCAUAGAAAGUCUUCAAACCAAACCUGCCACAAAUGGAGAAAUUACACAACGAGAAGACAGAGAAAGAGAACAAGGCAGUGUAAGUGAUUUACAUGAUGAAGAUGAAGAUAUAGAUAGUGUUACACUUGAGACAGGUGUACAUGUAGAGUCAACUGAUACAAUGUCAGACAGCGAUGAACCCGAGACCGUUGUACCGGUACAUAUAGAACCAGAUAAGUUAAUGCCUUCCUUGGAUACCCCUAAUGACAAUGUAGAUAUAGAAUCUGAUUCAAAAAGUGUUGAUAAAGGCACAGUUGAUGAAAUGUCAGACAGUGACACAUUGGAAGAUAUAGUUGAUAUGGAAUUAGAUGACGAAGUCGUAGACAUAAUAGAAUCGGAUGAUGAAAUCAUGGACAAUAUAGACAUUGGCAUUGAAGACAUCGAAGCGAUAGUUCUCCAAGAUCAAGAUGAACUCGAUGUUACAACAGCUAGGAAUUACAUCACUGGCAAUUCUACUAACGAUAAUGGCAUAACUGGCGAUGGUGAUAACGUUUUUGGUAUCUUGGACAUCUACGUGAAGAGUAAUCUACACUUUGAUGUGGACAAAAUAACUGCAGCUGAACAAUGUGACGAGAAGAAAGAUUACGGAUAUAUAUUCUUUUCAUUUUCAACUUUCUUUAAAUAAUGUAGAGCUAAUAAAUAUUAAUAUAAUAAAAUGUUU